GGCCAAUGUUUAGGCGGCAGGUACCGUACAUGCUCUCCGUCCCGCCAAUGAGGUGCUAGUGGGCGGGCCUUACAGCUCCUCUAACGUAAGCGUCGUUAGCAGAGAGAAGAAGGCGAUUCUGGAAGCCAUUACGUUGCGCACAUUAAUUGACGACUGUUUUUGCGUAGAAUACGCACAAUUACUAAGCGUGCGACUUAAGCAAUUAUGGCAUCGGCGUCCAAAAAGCGAAAAAUGAAUUUUUCGGAGCGGGAGGUGGAAAUAAUAGUGGAAGAAAUAGAGAAACAAAAGCACACACUGGUUAACCACUUCAACGCCGGAGUCACCCACAUGGCCAAGAACGGCGCCUGGAUGGAAAUCCUGAAGAAGGUGAACGCGGUGACCACCUGUCCCCGAGAGCUGCCCGAGGUCAAGAAGAAGUGGUCCGACAUGAAGACCGAAGUCCGGCGGAAAGUAGCCCAGGCACGAGCGGCCAUCGAGGGCACGUCCGCCGACUGCAGCUCGGUCCCGGUCAUCCUGACAGCCAUGCAGCAGAGGAUCUGUAACCUGCUGGGUGAAGCCACCAUCAUCAGCCUGCCUGCGGGGGACGCGGAUGCUGAACUCACGCUGCCGGUGACGGUGAACACCGCGGUCACGCUGAGCGACUCUCUUGCAACUGGUCCGGGAUCUGUUUGUGAUGAGGCAAAGUCACUUGGUGCUGAAACAGCGUACCACACUCUGGAGGAUGGCAGUGUGGUGGAGUACUGCACCACCACGGUGGGUGACUCAGCGCCCACCGUGGUUACAGCCGUUGAGGCUCCCGUAGAGGUCCUGGCUUCCACAUCAGCUUCUUCGCCACCGCCACCUCAGGGUCAGGCCAAACCCCAAGAGCUGAAGAGCCGCAUCGCUCUGAACUCUGCCCGCCUGCUGCAGGAGCAGCGAGUGACCAACGUGCAUAUACGACAGAUUGCCCAACAUCUGGAGGGCCAGAAUGAGUUGCUGCAGAUGAUGCGACGGUCCCAGGAGGCUCAGGCCUUCGCUCAGGAAAGACAGGCUCAGGCCCUGGAAGGGACUCAAGCUGCCCUGCUGGCGCUGGUCCAGAUGCUGAGGCCUGCCCUCAAAGACCUACGCAAAUUCCUGCAAAGUGGAACAGAGAUGGUCAAUUCCAGCAGCACGGUAGAAGGAUUGGUCACGGAUGGAACUGUAACAGAGCAGAUCAUUCGACCUAAAACCCCAACAGAUGCCGUUCAGAACACGGAGGAGAACCUUUAGCAUUUGUGUAUUUUGUAUGUGCCUGUAAAUUACAGUUAAGUUGCCUUGGGACGAGAUGAGCUGAGUUUUCCUCUCUGACUGGUCACUGAGCUGCAUGACGCAAAACUCUCGUGGGGUUUCCCUUUGAGUGAGCACGAACUUGUUGAACAUUUAUGUGAUGCUGAUCUUUGACCACGAGAGGUCAGUGUGCGCGCGCAAGUUUGUUUCCUGUGGCCCCAGCUGUUUAUUUACAGCCCGAAAUAUUGUGAAAAUUUCAAGUCAAUACUGAAAAGGUAUGGAAUUAUUAUGGUCACAAAGCGUCUUCCAUGUAGACAAUUUAUCCAGAAAAAAUGUAGCCGAUUAAUGACUGACAGAAAAAAAAAAAUCAUGACCAUGA